AUGAUUGAGCCCAUGGGAAAUCAAUAUGUUGUGGCCAGACAAGUGUAUUCACAAAAUGCUUUUGAUGAAGAACAUAAGAAGCUGAAAAGAUACCAUAAGACAAUUCUGGAUCAUUUCAGGAUAUGGUGUAGGUGCUCCCCACAAAAGGCCAAGAAAAUAGCCCUUUCCUUGUUCCCCAUAGCCUCUUGGUUACCUGCCUAUCGUCUAAAGGAAUGGCUGCUCAGCGAUAUUGUUUCUGGUGUCAGCACUGGGCUGGUAGCUGUACUGCAAGGUAUGGCUUUUGCUUUGCUGGUAGACAUCUCCCCAAUUUAUGGGCUUUAUGCAGCCUUUUUCCCCCUCAUAGUCUACUUCUUCUUCGGCACUUCCAGACACAUAUCUGUUGGUCCUUUUCCAAUUCUGAGCACAAUGGUGGGAUCAGUAGUUUCAAAAACAGGCAGCACCAUAGACUCUGAGAAAGUAACCGCAGCUGCCUCCAUCACUGUUCUAGUUGGACUUAUUCAGCUGGGCCUGGGAAUAUUACAGAUUGGAUUCAUAGUUAUCUACUUAUCCGAGUCGCUAAUCAGUGGCUUCACAACAGCUGCAGCAAUUCAAGUUUUGGUAUCCCAGCUGAAAUUUAUAUUCCAGCUCACAGUCCCUUCAUACAGUGACCCUUUUUCAAUUUUCAAGGUUUUAAAAUCUGUCUUUUCACAAAUUGGGAAGACUAAUAUCGCGGAUCUUGUGACAUCCCUCGUAAUACUGAUAGUUGUGUUCAUAGUUAAAGAACUAAAUCAGAGAUACAAACACAAACUUCCAGCACCCAUUCCAAUCGAACUCAUCAUGACAAUCAUUGCAGCAGGUGUAUCCUAUGGUUUUGACUUCAAAACUAGAUUUAAUGUGGCAGUGGUUGGUGAAAUGGAAAGCGGAUUUAAGGCACCUACUGCACCCUCUAUGGAGAUUUGGCAAAAUUACAUCGGUGAUGCUUUCUCCAUUGCAAUUGUUGGAUUUGCAAUAGCAUUUUCUGUUGCAAGUGUAUAUGCUGCUAAAUAUGAUUAUCGCAUUAAUGGAAAUCAGGAGUUAAUUGCCUUUGGAUUGAGUAACAUAGUUGGUGGAUCAUUCCAGGGUUUUGCCGGAAGCACUUCACUCUCGAGAUCAGGUGUUCAGGAAAGCACAGGAGGCAAAACUCAGAUUGCUGGGAUUCUAUCAGCUGUUAUUGUUCUGAUUGUCAUUGUGGCCAUUGGAUUUCUUCUGGAGUCACUACAAAAGUCUGUGCUGGCAGCUUUAGCUCUUGGAAAUUUAAAGGGAAUGCUGAUGCAGUUUGGAGAAGUGGGGAGAUUAUGGAAAAAGGACAAAUAUGACUGUAUAAUUUGGAUUUUUACUUUCCUGGCUGCUAUUAUCCUGGGCCUUGGUAUAGGACUAGGAGUUGCUGUUGCAUUCCAGCUCCUCACCAUCGUGUUCCGGACUCAAUUCCCAAAAUGUAGCAUAUUGGCCAAUGUUGGAAGAAGUGACAUCUAUAAGAACAGAAAAGAUUACCCUGAGAUUUAUGAGACAGAGGGUGUGAAGAUUUUCAGAUGUCCAUCUCCUCUCUAUUUUGCAAAUAUUGGUUUCUUCAAGAGAAAACUUAUUGAUGCUGUUGGUUUUAAGCCAGCUAGAAUUUUGCGAAAGCGUAACAAAGCCCUGAAGAAAAUCCGAAAGUUGGUGAAGAAGGGACAAUUGCAAAUAACACCAAAAGGAUUCAUAUAUACUGCUGAUGGCUUCAAAGACUCCGAUGAUGAGCUAGAUAACAACCACAUAGAAGAACUGGAUAAGCCUAUCGAGACUUCAGAUCUACCUUUUCAUAUAGACUGGAACUCAGACCUUCCUCUCAACAUUGAAGUUCCCAAAAUCAACCUCCACAGCCUCAUUCUUGACUUUUCUGCUGUAUCCUUCGUUGAUACUUCUUCGAUGAGGGGCCUUAAAUCGAUUUUGCAAGGCUUUCUCAGGAUUGAUGUGGAUGUAUAUAUUGUUGGGACUGACGAUGAUUUUGUAGAAAAGCUUGAACGGUGUGGCUUUUUUGACCAGGAAGUCCAGAGCUCAAUAUUUUUCCUGACAAUUCAUGAUGCCAUUUUGCACAUCUGGAUGAAAAAGAACUACAUGAUUUCAAAGUACAACCACAAUCAGGAGAAAGAAAUGAAAGCUGAUUUUACUAUAAACACAAAUGGAGGACUACGCAACAGGGACUACCAGGUAUCCAUGGAGACAAAAUUAUAAUCCAAAUAAAAUUCAGGGAGCUCUUUAUCAGACUGUCCAG